GGACUUUUAGAUGUGGCAAGAAGGACCUAUUCUGAACUAGUGGAUGACAUACAUGCUAUUGUCCAGCAGCUUUCAGAGACACAUAAACUUGCACUAAGGACAGCUUAUAGCAGUCUACGAGGGUUUCACAUUCAGAUGACAGCAGAACGAGGAAACAGUAAAUAUUCAUCAGACAGCCUACCACCUGUAUUUAUCAAAGUGACAAAAUUUAAAAACACUUUGAGUUUUACAACUAUGGACGUGAUUCAACAAAAUGAAAGAAUUAAAAUAGCACUAGACGAAAUUUAUAUGAUGUCUAAUAUCAUAGUCUCAGAACUACUAGGAUCAGUGCAUGAACACAUAGGUUGCCUCUAUCAGCUGUCAGACAUUGUAUCCAUGGUUGAUCUCAUACUUUCAUUUGCUCAUGCUGCUACUGUUUCAUCAUAUGUAUGUCCAGAGUUUACUGAUACUUUAGCCAUAAAACAAGGUGCCCAUCCAAUGUUGAAAAAAGUCUCACAUGAUAAUCUCAUAGCCAAUGACACAUACUCUUCUGAACACAGAAAUUUUGUUGUGAUAACAGGCCCUAAUAUGGGAGGUAAGUCUACUUAUCUACGGCAAGUUGCACUGCUACAAAUUAUGGCACAGAUGGGUUCUUUUGUUCCAGCACAGUACGCAUCCUUUCGUAUUGCAGACCAGAUUUUUAGCAGGCUUGGUUCAGAUGAUGAUAUGGAAUCUAAUUCAUCCACAUUCACUCUUGAGAUGAAAGAGACCAACUAUAUUUUACAAAAUAUAACAGAUAACUCAUUAAUAAUCAUUGACGAGUUAGGAAGAGGUACUAGCGCUGAGGAGGGAGUUGGUAUUUGCUGGUCUAUUUCUGAACAUUUCUUAAAAACAAAGGCUUUUACUUUUUUUGUGACACAUUUCAAACAACUGACUGAUUUAAGCAAAAUAUAUCCCAAUGUUGCAAAUUAUUUCUUUGAAGUACACAGAGUUUUCAACCAGGAAGCUAAAUGUGAAAAAGUUUCUUACACUCAUAUCCUUUCCAGGGGCAUCACCCCUGAGACACAUUAUGGUCUGAAACUGGCUGAGACGUCUGCAUUUCCAGCAAGUGUGAUACAAGAUGCAAUACAAAUUGCUCUACAGCUUGAUACACUAAAACAGAAAACUCACAGUAAUGAUCCAGAACUGAUUAAAAAUAAUGCAGUCUUUAACUUGGCCACAAGGUUAAUUCAAAUAGCCAAAAAUUCCAGAAUGGAUAAUGAUUCUCUGAAAAUUUAUAUCAAAAGUCUUCAUAGAACCUAUUUGACAGAGUUGACUAAAUCAGCCUAAGCACUCAUAUGGUCUAGACCAAAAUUUCUUUCAUUUGGUUUCAAAAUACUUUUUCAGGCUUUGUUUUUAUUUAUUGUUCAUUUAACUAAUGCAGGGGAUCUAAAUAUUUCUUCCAUUACUUUUUUAUUGAUAUUCAUAAAUUGUGCCUGCAUUUAUGUUGCAUACAAACUAAAUUUUUAGUUCUCUUCAUUGAUUACCAGUAAUAUUUUUUUUCUGUUGUUGAUUUGAAAAAAUAAAUGCUACUUUACAAAAAGGGCAUUCAUAAUAAUAGCUUUAUACUUUAUUGUUAUGGAAGGCUUUAGAAGGGUUUUGGCCAAAAGGCAUAAAGUGUGUCUGUUUUUUUUAUUAAUUCUAAUAUUUGCAAAUUUUUGUUGUCCUAAAUAAAUGGUGUUGCUAACACUAACAGGCUUAUUAGUAGGUUCUAUUACAUUUACAAGACAGAAAGAUGUAACACAUACAUUAAUACAACAAAUUAAACAAGUUAAAUCAACU